CGUCAGCAAUGUUUGUCAAUUUGCCAAUUUGGAAAGAAAGUAUAGGGUAAGCCGCCAUCAUAUGACAGGCACCAGCCACCUGCUCAUGUCAUGCUAAUCCUCCGCCACAAAGCUUCAGCCGCUUAAUAUCAACUGGCUAGUACACGCCCGAUGACUCCUUACCCGGGGCCGACUCAUCGAACUCCGAACUAGAAGAGAGGGCGUGCGACAAGUUGAGAAAUGAAGGGCAAUGACGUCGACUUGCAUUGGCACGCUUGGGCACGAUGCCAGAGCGCCUCACAAUAAGGUUAUUCCGCCGACUCUUGGCGUCAAUGUUGGCCCUGAGCCUGUGUCACUCGACUUUCCCCCUUUAGAGAAGGGGAAGGAGGAGGAGGAGGCGAAUGAGCCAUUACCACCCUCUUCAGUGUUGUCACCGCAGGACGGUACGGACAGUGCAGACUGUGUAAGUAGCACCAACAUCUCAUCAUCCUUAACUCCGGACAGCGAACGGGCUGUGAUCUGCCGUGCAGGGCGCCUGUGCACAGUUACGGUAGCAAUCACCGGGUCGGAACUAAUGUGUGCACACCCACCCAUCAUCUUGGCGCGCACUACUAAAUAUGCACAGUCGAAUUCGGGAAAAAAGGGUCCAAGUUGGCCCAAUCGUUGGGAGGUUCUGCGGCGUGGCGGCGGCGUCGUUUCUUUGGCGACGGACCCCCGGUUCGUAUUCGUACACGGCCAGAAAUGGAUAUUGGAUCGGUCGCCCGAGCACAUCGACACGCCCAUUAGUCAUCUGAAGAGCGGUCAAUAUCAAUUGGCCAUGCGUAGACGAAUUGGCCAAUGGGUUUGCUGCGUGGAGCUCCGAGGGAGCCGACGAUAAAACACCAUCGACGGCGGCAGCCGAGCGCAUCAGGGGAGCCAUGUGGUUACGAAACAGCGGAUAGGAACUCCGGUCUCCAUCAUUGAUGAUUCACGCGAUGGAGUCAUCGUGAUUAUUGAUACUCGUAUCCCGUGUACACACAGUAGUUGUUUUGCCCCAAAUUGCGCAGGUAUGGUUUCUAUGCAUGUAGGAUGGGGAGGAUGCAAAAGGCACCUGACGAGGCGACUGGCCGAAUACGAGUGACUGUCUAUCCAGACUUGCCCGGAGUGACAGGACUCGCGUGUUGUCAAGUGGGGUGCGCUUGUUG